AUGGAGGUGUCGUUGAAUAUCAGCUAUGCCAGUUCGAAUCAAUGUUCUCCUCUCAUUGGACUUACGUUGCAUCAGCUGCUUGAGAAGAGGGUUAAUGAACAUCCAGAUCGUGAAAUACCAGUCUACACCACUAUAUGUCAAAGUUCUCCUCUCAUUGGACUUACUUUGCAUCAGCUGCUUGAGAAGAGGGUUAAUGAACACCCAGAUCGUGAAAUGUAUGUCUUUCCCGAGGAUGGCGAGAGAAUCACAUUCAAAGCUUUUAAAGAUCGGGUUGAAAAACUAGCUGCUGGACUGUUAUCCAUUGGGAUAAAGAAAGGCGACCGACUGGCAUUGUGGGGCAACAUCCAUAUGGAAACCGUACUGUUUGUUGCUGCAGCAAGAUCCAUCGGCGUUAUUACAGUACGCAUUUUGCCGGCUUUCCCAAAUACCAGCGUGAAAGAUAUUUUGCUUCAAACGGGUUGUAAAGUGAUUGUAUUAGGAAGAACCCCCAAUAACCUGUUUGAUAGAUUAGAAGACAUCAGGACAAGUGCUGAAGGUGUAACGAA